UAUAAGUGAUGACCCUAUAUAGGCCCACCCCACUCUCACGUUACUACUGAGGGCUCACAGCGAAUUAUCCCUGAUUUUGGUUCAAUGAGUCACCGUAGAUUUCAUUUUGGAUGGCUGUAGUUUUUUGUGGAUGAGAUGUCGUUCAAUGUGAUCAUUUGGAUAUAUUUGGCAACAUUCUUAACCAGCUGCACUACUGAUUUCUGCAACUGGACUGGGAGCUUCACGGACGAGAAGGGGCCCGGGCUGGUGCUGCAGGUGCGACUACGCUGCGCUGCGGGCUGGAUAAGGUGGUUCUCCCCUGGUCAGGCUCUCAGGGUUGUCCUGGAACCCACUCUGUCCUCCACUCCACGCCCAUCUGUCUGCAUCGAGCCUUCCCCGUCCUUACGCGGGGUCAGAGUGUUUAUUGAACGCUCUGGGCGGCUUACGUUACUGGCCACGGAGAAGGUGACGUGUUUUCGGGCGGAUGGAGACCACGGGCCGGUGCCAGUCAUCUACCUCGAGACAAGUGUCCAGAGUACUGCGCCGUGGAGGCGACGCACUGUGGGGUUAAAGUACGAGCUGACGUACCCGAGGACAGGGGCCAGUCCUGGCCAAACAGGGCCGGAAGGAGAUUUGUGUCGUCCUUGCAAUAACACUGAGCUGCUCAUGGCCAUCUGUGUCAGUGACUUUGUUGUCCGAGGCUCCAUCCAGAAGGUCUCUCAUAACUCUAACAGACAGACCUCUUUGAUACAUGUGUCUCUGACCAGAGUCUAUAAGCAGCAUAGCAACAUGUUUGAACAACAACCCACUUCCCAUUGGCACUCCAUGUCCAGUCCCUCCUGGUCCGGACACAUCUCCACACUCCUGCAGUGCCGCAUCAAACCAGGAGAGGGGGAGUUUUUAUUUACAGGGUCAGAGCACUUUGGGAACGCCUGGCUAGGGUGUGCCCCUCGAUUCAAAGACUUCCUGUCAAUGUACCACAGCGCCAGGGCGGCACGGAGCAACCCCUGCAAUUUCCCUUUGGACUGAGGAGCAGCUCAACUUGUCCCAUACAUGCCCAAUCCACAGGCCUCCUCACCUCUGUACAGCACUCAGAGGCCACUAUAAUGUUGUCAUAGCAAGUAGUAGUGCCCUGGAGGUGGCACGCAGCAUCACCAACCAGAACGGGGUAUUUCACUCUCUGCUGGAGCACUCAUUUGGAGAGGCUCACUGCUGGGGCAUCCCACAGCUCCAAGAGGGUCUUAUGUCUUUGUUCCAGUGCUUCUGCUUCUGUGGGACAUUUAGAGGAGGUGGAGUCUGCUCUUUAGGUGCCCCACCCCCCUCCACAUCCACUCACCAAAACUGCCUAUAGCUUUAUUAAUUGUUAUAUGUAAUGAUUAUUUUAUUGUCUGACACACAAGGAUGAAUUCUGCACUGC